CAGGUCCAGUUGUGUGAAUCUUCUUAUUUCUGUGAGAGAUUGUCACUUUGGAGUCUGGGAGUAUUUGUUCUCAUUGAGUAUUUCGGCGUUGGAUUCCGUUGCGUGUGUAUAAGUGUAGAGAGCCUAGGACAGCUUGAAGUCAACAACAAAACAUUGUGACCUUAACAUUGUCACACAGUUUUGUCAUAGAGUAAGUAAACAGCAGACGACCAGAAUCGCAUUGGAAGGUAGCAGCGUCAACAAACGUGCUGGACCUGAGCGCGGUCUUCGGAAAGCUGUCGCCAGAGUAAGCCAAGCGUGAGCUCAAUUCAAUCAAUGGCACAUUGCGCGUGAGCACUUCUGCCCGAAGCCCUCUCCCUCCCCUGAGUGUGUGUGUGUCAGUGAGUUCUCCAGUCCUGCCUCCAUAGUUUUUUUUCUUUUAUUGGCUACCGCUCUCCCCCCUAACCCUGUGCUUGUUUCUUCAUUCCGGAUUCGGAGAUAUUGAUUUUUGUCUGCAGUAUGUCCAAGAUGGCGGAAUACAGAAGCCUUGCAAUAACAUUAAACUGGUGCUGUUUCACGAAUGACAGCUAUCAGAAUGACAUCUACCGCGGCCAGGUUUUGGGGCUCUAACAUCAAUCUUCUCAGCUGCGCCAUUUGUGACCACAGAUACAAGGACCCAAAGGUUCUACCGUGCCUGCAUUCCUUUUGUGAGCAGUGUCUUAGUAAUGUCAUUCCUUCUGAAUCUCUGUCUGUCACGUGUCCAGUUUGUCGUCAGCAGUCCAUCUUGCCCCUGGACGGGGUGGCAGCACUACAAAAUAACAACUUUCUUUUAAAUCUACUCAAGGUCAUCACAUCACCGGAAGUGUGCACCAGCUGCGGUCAGUUGGCAUCCAUCCCUACUUCCAAGUGUUUGGAUUGUCAAGAAAUUUUAUGCGCUAACUGCAGCAUCAAACAUACCAACAUGGACAACACUAAUAAUAAUAUUGGCGGCUCUGAUCACCAUAGAGACACAACAAACAAAAUGGAGGACGCUCCUCAGGAGAAAAAGGAAGUCCCAGGACAGCAUCAUCUUGUUUUGUUAGCUGAAGCACCAACCUGUAAAUCGAACUCUUUGACCAAUGGCGGUUCUAAAGAAGUGGAGUUAGGGGCCAUAGUCUGCCCCAGCCAUGCAGGGAGUCCUCUCAAGUAUUAUUGUUCACUCUGUGAUACAGCUGUCUGUGAAACAUGCACUCAGGUAGAACAUAUAGGUCACAUGACCGUCAUCUUAUCAGAGGCAGUGACAGAACACAAAACUUCCCUCGCCUCUCUUGUGUCCAGAGUCAGACAGAUGACACCAGAGGUUCAGCAUGCGAUAGAAGAAGUGGACGCUGUACAGGAAGUUUUGUGUCGCAAUAAACUAGCUGCUGAACAUAGGAUAACUGAUUUAUUUAAUGAAAUGACCUCAUUACUAGAGGCUAGGAAAAAAUCUGCCAUAGAGGAAUUGAGCCGAGUGUCAGCCAUAAAGGAGAAAGUGUUAGAGGAACAGAAGAGGUCGCUGAAAAAACAUCUAACCUGCAUUAGUAGCUGCUGUGAUCUAACGGAAGACUCACUGCUUCAUGGGAAUGACACUGAUGUUGUAAUGGUAAAGAAAGAAAUGGCAGGCAAGCUAAAUGACCUUCUAGCCUGCGGAAUUAGCCUACAACCUGAGACCAAUCCACUAAUUGUAUUUGAUGACAAAGACUUUGAAGGAUUAAGGGAGACUAUCACUGGCAUAGGCUGCGUUUGCAACAAUGCUGCUGUUCCACAUCAGACUACAGUGGGCGGGGAGGCUUUCAGCAACUGUAUUGUGGGGAAGGCAUCCACAGUGACAGUCACCACAAGGGACAGAAAUGGUGAUCUGGUUAAAACUGGAUUUGCUCCCAUUACUGCUUCAUUGUCAACAGAUAAAAGUGAAGAGAGGUUAUUUCCUACAAUCACAGAUCAUCAGAAUGGAACCUAUGACCUGACCUUUGUUCUUCAGUCACCUGGAGUGUAUUAUCUUAGUGUUUGUAUGUUUGGCCUACACACUAAAGGAUCACCCUAUAAAAUUCGUGCAGUGGAUAUAGGAGAUGCAAAUGGUAAUGGAACCACAAGAAUUCCUAGAACUAUGGCUGUUAAGCAAAAAGGAGUGAAGCGUCCCUCUAGUUCAAGGUCUCAAGGCUCAAGCAACAGAAGAACCAAUCGUAUUGAAGAUGAUCUUAUUAUCAGAAUUGGUGUUAAAGGCAGAAACAAAGGAGAAUUUUCAAACCCACAAGGUCUGUGCUACCAUGACGAGAGAGUUUUAGUCGCAGAUAGCAACAAUCAAACAGUUCAAAUUUUUCUGCCUUCUGGUGAAUGUUGUCUCAAGUUUGGGACACCAGGUCGAGCCCCUGGAAAAAUGCAGAGACCGACAGGUGUAGCCGUUACGCUCAAUGGAAAUUAUCUUGUUGCUGAUUAUGACAACAAGUGGGUCAGCGUUUUUAACCCUGAAGGAAAAUAUGUCAGUCGUAUUGGCAUCGGUAGACUUCAAGGUCCAAAAGGAGUCGUAGUGGACAAAGAAGGAAGAAUCAUUGUGGUAGACAACAAGUCCAGCUGUGUUUUGAUAUUUCAGUCCAACGGUAAAUUGCUGCACAAAUUUGGGUCAAGGGGAAACCGAGAUGACCAGUUUGCAGGUCCCCACUAUGCGGCUGUCAAUGAAAACAAUGACAUCAUUGUCUCCGACUUUCACAACCAUUGUGUGAAGGUUUUUGAUAGAGAUGGCAACUUUAAGUUCUGUUUUGGCUCUUGUGGAGAGGGCAAUGGACAGUUCAAUGCCCCGACUGGAGUAGCAGUAGAUGAUAAAGGCAAUAUGUUGGUAGCAGACUGGGGCAAUUCUAGGAUACAGGUAUUUGAUUCGACUGGAUCAUUUCUGUCUUACGUCAACACUGCCAGUGAACCACUUUAUGGACCACAAGGACUAGCUGUGGCAUCAUUAGGUGUUUUAGUUGUUGCUGAUUCUGGGAAUCACUGUUUCAAAUAUUACAAAUAUCUGCAAUAGUGAUCUAUGCAUUACUUGUUGAGACCAAGUAAAGAGACUCCUUGCUACUUGCAGAUAUUAAUAAACCUACCAGAUUUAUAAACAAUUCAAUAUAGAUAAAGACUUGCCGUUUUUUUUCUGUUUUCAAGAAGAUUCCAAUUAGUGUACAGUUCAGAAGUGAAUAACUCAAUGGACUUUUCUAUUGAAGGAUUGUUUGAAAAGACUGCAUAUUGCAACAUGUGGUAGUAUCGCUUAAGUUAAAUGGAUCAUUUUCCAUAGACUAAUUCUUGAUUGUGGCUACUUGCUUUGAAACCUUUGUGUUCUUACUUCACUGAUUCUGCUCACAGUAGUUACACAUGCCAAGUUCCAUAAGUGGUAUAUGAUACAACUGUCCUAUACUUCGCAAUUUGUACAGAAGAUGAUCAUAAUGGUACAAGGAAAAUAAUUCUUUGGUUGUUUGUGUAGACUACCUCCUGUUUGUUUGAGUGAAGAGAUUGCCUGCUAUGGAUCUAGUCAAAAGUCACUUCUAUUGUUGCAUAUAUGGAUAAUUAAUUUGUGUCAUCAAAUCUAUGUGGAAAAUAUAUAUUAAUUUAUUAUAAGCUGUACAAGGCUAUGAAUUAUUCUUUUCUUAGGAUUCAGAAUACACAUUUUUUCAGGAUAUGAUGCAAUCAAAUUUCACAGACAGAAUUAAAGCCUGUAAAUUUAGUCACUUUAAAAAUUUCAACUGUAUAAUUCCUGAUUAUUCUUGGCCAAGGUAGGCCUUGGAGUCUUAUUACAUUUGCAAGCAAAUAAUCCUAUUUCACAUUAUUUCACUAUUAUACAUUUUUAUCAUGUAACUGGUUUUGUCAGGCAUUUAAAAAAAAAACAGAACAUCCAUGACAUUAUUUCACAUCUAAUGCCUGAGUUCUUAGUCAAAUUUUGGUAUCGGUUCGAAAGAAAAAAACACAAUUUUAAAAUUACACUGUGACCUAGUAAUGGCGCCUGUUAGUGUGAUUUGCACUCUGAACUGUUAUCUCGUUGAAAGUGGGUUUAAAGCCUGCCAUCCCCUGUCGUCCUGAGGUAGGAUUUUGGUCUAGGAUGUAAUAAUCUUCAAAUCUGAAGGAACACAUGAAGCAUGCAUAAUUUACAAACAUUUCCAUUAUAAAGUAGCUCAUUAAAAUGAAAAUUAGGUUUAACACAUUUGGUAUAUUGACUUUUUCAUAGAUCUUUAAAUAGAACUUAAAUAAGUGGCUAACCAUCUAUAGAUUGGCUUACCAUCUAUAGAUUAAUGACUUCAUAUACUUGUAUCAUAAAAAAUAUUGUGGAAGUGGACUAUUACUUCUUAGUCAUCAAGCAUGCUGGGCCCUUUUUUUUUUUAAAAACAUUUUUUUGUAAAAUGUUUUACAUGUUUCGGAUGUUCCUUCAGAGUUGAAGAUAAUUACUUCCUAGUCCAAACCUCCCGCAGGACGACGGGGGAUGGGAGCGGGCAGGGUUUGAACCCGGGACCAUCGAUAAAUCUGAACGACAGUCCAGCGUGCAAACCGCACGACCAGGCAGCCAUCCAUUUUUUUUGUGAUGAACAGUGUUUUGCUUUUUUUCUUUACCGCAGCACUAUGACUAUAUUAGAUUUGAAGCUCUAAGAUGGCCAGUGUAAUGGCUUCCAAUGGUUUAUUGUAAUUAUGUUUUGUUUGGAGCGACUCAAUGACCAGUGUAAUACAAAGACAUUCCAGUCAAUUAUUUGUAAUGAAAAAAAUUUGUCAUAAGGAGAUGUGAAAUUAAUGAGUGGGAUUAGACUAAUGGGAGCCUAAUCUUGUUAGCCUUGCAGUACCACAAUGUAUUCAUGGGAUUGAAGUGCAGAGCUUUCAUAACUGUGUUAAGCUUGAUGCUAUGUAUGGCAUGAUGCUAGGGACCAACACAUCAACUAGCCUAUUGUUCUCUUGUAUAGUGUUUAUCUAAAGCUUAUUGUCAUCCCAUGCACAGACAUCUAUUCAAGCAGCUUUUAGAGCCAUUUGAUUUUCUUUAUUUUAUUUUUUUCUAUUUCACUUUGAAUGAAUCUCACUAGUAAUUCUAUAAAUAUUGUAUUUAGUGUUAAGCUUGAUACAUUUUGACUUGUCACAUAUAGCUUGGUGAAAGUUUAUCAAGAUGAAAUGAAUGUGUGUUUUAAUUUACUAUGUCUUUCAUGAGAAGCAGGAACUAGCUAGUCCUUUGAUGGCUUCAGAUAUUUACUACUAAUUGAAUGCAUCUAAACCUUGGAAUGCCCGUCUUAAAAAAAAACAACAACUAAUUACUGAAGGGAAAGUUGUUUUUUCAUCUAUUAGGUUAAUUUUAAAAACUACAAAUUUUGUAGUUGGUUUUGGGUUCAUAAUAGUGUGAAUGUUAGUAUUAUUGGGAAUGUGUAGCGAUUUCUGAUUGGUUAAUGGGGAAUAAUUGAAAAGCCAGCAUUAAAAUGGAUCUCUUACUAUAAUUGAAUAGAUUUGACCUUUGACUAGCUUUACGAUUUCUAAGAAUGACCAUUGUUAAAAAAAAACCAGUAUUAACUGAAUAAGGUUUGCUGGGUGUGACAGAUGCUAUCUCAUAGGCUUGAUACAUCUAUUUGUAUAAUUUGUAUUGUGUCAGGAGACAUCAAGUCAGCUAUUUCACCUGCUUCAUUCAGCACCAAAGUGCUUCAAGAAACAGCAUAGUUGAAGUGAGGAGUAAAAUGAAACUAUAAAAUGUGUUGUCAUUAACUAUCAUUCUGUUGCUCAAUGUCUAAUAAAUGUUUUGGUUUUGCAUCAAA